AACUGGUCGAAACUUCUUAAUUUUGAGAAAAGUUUGUUCUCUUAUGGUAGUGGACCUGCAGAAGAAGUCAUCGCAUACAAAGAUAAUUCUCUUCCUUUAUAUCUUUACUCAACAAACAGAGAAGAUAUACAAGAGGCUAUCAAUUCUAUCAAUAAUGAGAUUCGAAAGAUAAUUUACAAACAAUUUAUCACUGAUGAUGUUAUUGGUAGAUUAGGUGAAUGGGAACGGUUUGAAAUCUCGAAGAUUGCGAGGAGCGGAAUGAUUGAAAUCACGGAUGUUUCGGACAAAUAUAUAAAAAGAUUGAGAUUGGAUGGUCUUACAAAAGAUGUGGUCAAUGCUCAUGAAGCAAUAAAGGAUAUUUUGAGAGAAUUUGCAGCUGCGGAAACUUGUGCUGCUUUUGUCUUUUGGCAACGAAAAGAUCAAGCUGGUGCAUGGAAAGAUUUUCCGAUACGUGCUGUGCAUAAACUGGAAAUGGCAUACAAGCUCAAUGGAGACAACACUAAUCCGACAUUGAACAAAGUCCAAGUACCUGAAUUCGAUGGAGUCAAAGUGAUCCAAAACACUAUCGACCUCUCUAAACUUGAUAAUGACCCACAUGGUAGCAAUCCUCCAGAUAUUCGACGCAAAAUAAAAGGAAAACGUGUCAGUGAUAUUCCUACACUUUGGGAUGACAUGUCUGGAAAAAAAAGUUUGGAAGUAGUUUUAACACCAGGCUCUCAAGAAUAUCAAAAUGUCUUCGCAAAGUUCAUAAGCGCUGGGCAAUUUCAUCAAACUAUUGUUUCUAUUGAAAGAAUACAAAAUCUGUCCCUGUACAAACAAUAUGUUGCAAAGAAGGCUGAAGUUACGGAAAAACAUGGAAAAAAUUUUGGAAAACCAAUUGAACGACAAUUGUUUCACUGCACUUCGACUGAUGACCAAAUUAUGCUUCACGGUUUUAAUAGAAGCUAUGCUGGAAAAAAUGCUACUGCAUAUGGCCGAGGCGUCUACUUCGCAAUAACUGCCAAUUAUUCGAAUGGGUACGCAACACUAAAUCAAUCUGGACAUCGAAGAAUGUUUCUUGCAGAUGUUAUAACUGGAGAUUAUUGCAAAGGAAAUCAGAGUAUUGUUGCACCUCCACAGAGACAAAGCAACAUAAAGAAUGAUUUGUAUGAUAGUGUUGUUGAUAACGUGAUGAAUCCUAGCAUAUUUGUGAUUUUUGAGGAUGCAAGUGGUUACCCUACCUAUCGCAUUACCUAUGUAUGAAUAGUUUUUUUUAUCUUGGACUGUUUUUCUAAAUAGUAUAUACUGAUAUAAUGUUAUCCAAGCAAAAAUUGUGCUAAUUAAAUUUCUAUUUAAAAAACAAUCGAAGGACUUUUUUACAUUAACUACAUAGAGAUAUUCCAACAAGAAUCACACUAUCAUUUUCUUUAAACUGGAUGUCGAGGUUUUGUUGGUACUGUUUAAAAUUGGUCAUUCCAGCAAAUUACUUUUGCUGAAUCACCCUGUAAAGCUUCAUUUUUUAAAUAAUUUUAUGUUUGCAACUGUUAUUUGUAAUGCCAUUAUAUCAAAUAAGAUCAGUGAUUGCUUUUAAUUAUCUAAAAUUCUAUCCGCUGUAUGCACUGCUGAGCAGCAUCUAUAUCUUCUAUUGUUGUAAUUUUAUAAAAAUAUCUUUUAAAUCACUUGAAUGUUAGUAUUCCUGGUGCAUUACCAAGCUCAUUCCGAUAUU